UCCAUCAUCCACAAUUGCCGCAUAUAAAAGCCCUACCUCUAGGGUUUCACUGUCCUCGCCACCACACACAGACUAGAGAGAGAGAGAAAGAGAAGAGAGAGAAGAUGCCGGCAGGUCACGGGCUGAGGUCGAGGACGAGAGAUCUGUUCUCUCGGCCAUUCCGCAAGAAGGGUACGAUCCAUCUCUCCACUUACCUGAGAACUUACCACACCGGAGACUAUGUCGACAUCAAGGUGAACGGCGCCGUUCACAAGGGCAUGCCGCACAAGUUCUACCAUGGGCGCACCGGACAGGUCUGGAACGUCACCAAACGAUCCAUUGGUGUCGAAAUGAACAAACAGGUGGGUAACCGGAUUAUCAAGAAGAGGAUCCAUGUGCGCGUAGAACAUGUUCAGCCUUCAAGGUGCACUGAGGAUUUCAAACUGAGGAAGAAGAAGAAUGAUGAACUGAAGGCCGAGGCCAAGUCAAGAGGCGAGGUCAUCAGCACAAAGAGGCAGCCAGAGGGACCUAAACCUGGUUUUAUGGUGGAAGGUGCAACCUUGGAGACUGUUACUCCUAUUCCUUAUGAUGUCGUCAAUGAUCUCAAGGGUGGUUACUAGGUUUACUUCUGGAUGUUUUCUUUUGCUUGGUUUAUGUGCUGUGAACUUCUAGACCUUGAAUUUCAUGUGCCGAUUUUGUUUUGUUUUGUUUUUGGAAAUGGAAGAGAUUAUUUUCUAUGAA